AUGCUCACAAAGCAAAAUAUUCAUUUCGAAUGGGAGAUGAAAAUCCCUGCUUUAAAACGCGUUCUUUUGAUGUCCCUUGGAGUUCCCUAUAGAUUUGUAGUAAAUUUCGUUGAGAUCUUUACUCAAAUCAAUAACUCUAGUUCACAGUAUAAAUCUUAUUAUACUGCCGAGUUAGGAUCGCGUGCUUUUCGAUAUUUUAAUGAACUCGUCCGGAAUGUUGAAAAUUGGGGAGGAUGGGUCCGUCAAAGCAUCGUAAAUUUAACUAAAUCACGAAAAAUUUAUCUUGUGGCGACGGCUACCCAAUCUUGGAGGGACGAAUCGAUAAAGAUUCAAGAUGAUGCAAUAUGGAUACAUGCCGACCAAAGCUAUUUUGGUGGCUUUAAUUCUGUUGGUUAUGAUAUCGUCAAUAUCAUUGAAGACAUUAUCAAUCCUUCUCCUCAUAUUCUAGUAAUUCUAGAAGGAGAAAGAAAAAGAAAAAAUGUAUGCUGUGAAUGUUUGGAAUUGUAUUCAUCGCAUCUCCAAUGGUGUAGAUGUUGCAAUUCCAAACACUUCAAAGAACAAUUUAGUAAUUGGACAAGCACUAAUUGUGUAGUAGAUAGUUUUCUCCGAGAUACACAGAUUAAUGCCUGCGAUGCUAGUAAUUCCCUUGAAUGGAUCGAUUAUAGUCGAUUCACAAAUGUGACGAUUAUUGGCGGUGGUGGUUACGGGACAAUUCACAAGGCAUAUUACUUGGAUGGGGAUAUAAGGAGAUGGGAUCAUAAGAAACAUUGCUGGGAGAGAUACCCCGGGUUUUCUGUAGCCCUGAAAGUGCUACACAAUUCUCAAACUAUUUCUGUGGAGUUUAUGAAUGAGCUGAAGGCAAUGCAUAAAUGCACGGCUGGGAAGCUCACAAACAUCGUCGCUAUAUAUGGGAUAACCCAAAACCCAUAUACAAAAGAAUUUAUGAUGGUAAUGGAGUACAUGAAUAAGGGUAAUAUGCGUGAUUACCUUCGCAGCAACUCCAAUUUAAAUUGGAGUAGGCGAUUGAAGAUUGUGUUGGAAAUUGCCACUGGUCUCAUGAACAUCCAUACUAACGGCCUGAUUCAUGGAGAUUUUCACAGUAAAAAUUUACUCUUUGAAGAUACUUCAGGAGAUACGGCCUUUAUUGGCGAUCUUGGACUGUGUCAUCUAUCCAGUGUUGUUGCAAAUGAAAUUUUUGGUGUCUUGCCAUAUAUGGCACCUGAAGUUUUACGUUCAAAAUUAUAUACCAAAGCUGCGGAUAUAUACAGCUUUGGUAUGUUAAUGUGGGAAGUGGCAACUGGCAAACCUCCAUUUUAUGAUCGCGCACAUGAUGCGGAUCUUUUUUUUGAUGUCCUAGGAGGACAUCGCCCUCCACUUCAGGAUGAAAUUCCGAAGUGUUAUAAAAAUUUGAUAAAGUGGUGCUGGGAUCCCGAUCCUCAUAAACGCCCUUCUGCUGAAGAGAUACGAAAUAUUGUUGAAAAUUGGUACUGCGAUAAAUCGCAAUCUACUUUUUCGGUCGCAGAUAAAGAAAUCACAAAUCGCGAUCCUCAUCCUAGU